AUGGCUUUCUACUUGGAUGACCGGACCGAAGUUUACCUGUGCCCCGAGGACAGGGGCAGGGAUACUGAUCAAUCAUCCCGGACUUCGCCAUGGAUAGGGUUGGUAGAGGUUGGUGUUGGGACGGGCAAGCAGGGGGUGGAUAAGAAUUCCUGGAGCCGGAGGAUGGAGCUGCAGAGCAGAAACAGUGUCUAUCAGCCGGACCUUGUGCUCAUUGCCAGGGGGGACACAAAGUUUGGACGGGCGUGGCUAGGAGACCCUGACUUCGGUCCAACACGACCAGGUCCAUGCGUCGACGUCCAAACGCGUGCCUGA